AUGUCCGUGUUUAAAAAUAACGGUUUAGAAUUGUGCAGGAGUUUUUUUUUGGAAAGCAAAAAAAUAGAUUUUUUAUUGCUUCUCGGAGAAAGAACCGGGCAUUUGCCCAUCGUAUCGAAAAUUCUUAGCUAUUUAUCCGAUUCGGAUUUGCAAAACGUUGCAAAAGUAUCGAAAACAUGGCAAAAAUUAUGCUUGUCGGAUAGAGUUAUUGCACACAAGAUAAAGCAAUUUGUUGCGAAGAGAAAAAUGCUAAAGGAAAAUUCAUGGGUUAUAAAUCCCAUGCAAAGAAGUAAUGAAUCCACGCCGAAGAAAAAAAGGAAACCUUUAGGUUGUUGGAAUGAAAAUUAUAAUUUUACUAAAAUAAAAGAAACUCCGAGAUCGCCUCCAAUCAGUCCGAGACAAAAAAAAUUUAAUAAAUAUUUAAAAGUAAGUAUGAAAUUAGGAAGGAGUGGAAAGUUGACUCCGUGUCCAAGAUGUUCGCUGCCUUCAAAUGUUAACGAUGAUGAAAACAGUGGUCACUGCACUCAACCAUUUUGUUCAUUUCAUUUUUGCCUUCAAUGCCAAUGUGCUUACCACUAUGGUACAACGUGUAAAUAUUUCAUAACUUCAUCUCCUUCGUCUAGUCCGAGUAAAACAGUCAGGUACAAAGUAGGAUCAAGACAAAGCAGAAAAGCACUGAGAAGGUUAUAG